CGGAAGACAUUUUUAGAGUCUUUCCGCUCUUCUGUCGGAGGUGGCGGCUGAUGUUUUUCGACUCGUCUAGUUUCAUAAUUCAGUUUGAAUAGCCGGCACGAUGUCUUACCCUGCUGAGGAGACAGAGGGAGAGUAUGAUCCUUAUAACUAUACAAAUGAUUAUGAUCUUCAUACAGGAGAUCCGAAAGCAGAUUUGGCUUAUGAGCGGCAAUAUGAGCAACAGACCUACCAUGUGAUCCCAGAAGUAAUCAAGAACUUCUUACAGUACUUUCACAAGACAGUUUCUGACAUUAUUGAUCAAAAAGUUUAUGAACUGCAGUCAAACCGUGUAUCCAGUGAAAGUAUUGAGCAAAAAAUUUAUGAGAUUCAAGACAUCUAUGAAAACAGCUGGAACAAACUCACAGAACGCUUUUUUAAAACCUCACCUUGGCCUGAAGCAGAAGCCAUUGCAUCUCUGGUUGGAAAUGAUGCAGUGUUUCUAAUUCUCUACAAGGAAUUAUAUUACAGACAUAUAUAUGCUAAAGUUAGCGGAGGCCCUACUUUGGACCAAAGAUUUGAAUCAUAUUACAACUACUGUAAUCUCUUCAACUACAUUCUGAAUGCUGAUGGUCCUGCACCUUUAGAACUUCCUAAUCAGUGGCUGUGGGACAUCAUUGAUGAGUUCAUUUACCAGUUUCAGUCCUUUAGUCAGUACCGUUGCAAAACAGCUAAGAAAUCGGAGGAUGAGAUUGAGUUCUUGAGAAACAACCCGAAAAUCUGGAAUGUGCACAGUGUCCUUAAUGUCCUGCAUUCCCUGGUGGACAAAAGCAAUAUCAAUCGACAGCUGGAAGUCUAUACAAGUGGAGGUGAUCCUGAGAGUGUGGCAGGGGAGUAUGGCCGACAUUCCUUAUAUAAAAUGUUGGGAUACUUCAGCUUAGUUGGACUGCUGAGACUUCAUUCUCUGCUUGGAGACUAUUAUCAGGCUAUCAAAGUACUUGAAAAUAUUGAACUCAACAAAAAGAGUAUGUACUCUCGAGUGCCGGAGUGCCAGAUCACUACUUACUACUAUGUGGGAUUUGCAUACUUGAUGAUGCGCAGGUACCAAGAUGCCAUUCGUGUGUUUGCGAAUAUACUGCUUUAUAUUCAAAGGACAAGAAAUAUGUUUCAGAGAAGCACCUAUAAAUAUGAGAUGAUUAACAAACAGAAUGAACAGAUGCAUGGAUUGUUGGCCAUUGCACUUACUAUGUAUCCCAUGAGGAUUGAUGAGAGUAUCCAUACUCAAUUAAGGGAGAAGUAUGGUGACAAAAUGCUGAGGAUGCAGAAGGGUGAUCUACAAGUAUUUGAGGAACUCUUCAGCUUUGCUUGCCCUAAAUUCUUGUCCCCAGUGGUUCCCAAUUAUGACACUGUACAUCCCAACUACCACAAGGAGCCAUUCCAGCAGCAACUUAAGGUCUUUGCUGAGGAAGUUCAACAACAGGCCCAGCUGUCCACUAUACGCAGUUUUUUGAAGCUUUACACAACAAUGCCAGUGGCCAAGCUAGCUGGGUUUCUGGAUAUGUCUGAGCAGGAGUUUAGGAUACAGCUUCUAGUUUUCAAGCACAAGAUGAAAAAUCUAGUAUGGACAAGUGGUAUCUCUGCACUUGAUGGAGAAUUUCAGUCUGCAUCUGAAGUUGACUUCUACAUUGACAAGGAUAUGAUUCACAUUGCUGAUACGAAAGUUGCCCGCCGAUAUGGAGACUUCUUUAUCCGGCAAAUACACAAGUUUGAAGAGCUUAAUCGCACAUUAAAGAAGAUGGGCAUUUCCACAUCUGGCAGCACCACAUCUGGAACCAGAAACACUUGAGCUGCCUUUGGAAAGAGUUCAAGGAUUAUACCAUGGUGAAUUUUUAAUGAUAAAUAAACUUAAAAAAAUAACAA